AUGAGCAAGGAUAUUUUUUAUGAAGAUGGUGCUGGUAGCCUCAUUGAUGAACAAGGCGAGCAAGCAAAAACAUUUCUUGAAGAAAAGUCGUUUCGUUUGAAAAGAUUAACAGAUCUCCGAAAAUACAUUAAGAAUAAGGAUCUCCGAUUUGAAACGAUCACCAACUUUGCUGGCUUACAAAUAAAAAAAACAAGAGUAGCCGAGUUCAUGAAGGAAGAAUGUAAUCUCAGCAUCAAACUUAUUAACCGACACCCUCUUGCCAGAAACGAAGAUAAAAAUCUGAAAGCUUGUGCUGAAUGGUCACAGCGCAGUACAAAAGCAAUUACCACAACCCCUUCAACCAAGGCUACCUCAUAUACUGUUCUUGGUACAAUAUCGGCUAAUGGUGUUGUCAAUGCUCCUGAAGAUAAAUUAACUAUUCCCAGUGGCGCUACUGGUGAUCAUUAUCUUUUGUUUCUUAACGAUACUAUGGAUAUUAUAGAUGAGUUCCCAGAAAUGAAAGGAUUUUUUAUUGUUAUGGACAAUGCUCCAAUCCAUGUUCCUGCUAUGUUUAACCCUGUAAUUGCCAUUCUUAAGGGAAAAGUAAAGCGAAGUAAACUUAAUGAUGUUGAACCGUUUACUUCAAGAAUUAUUGAGGCUAGUGAAGAAGUACCUGUUGAGCAUCUUCGAAAUAUUAUUCAACAUUCCUUAGGUGUUUGGGAGCAUAAUCCUUCAGCUAUUAACUUUUAUACACGUCAAGGUUUCUAUAAAGUGGGAAGCCAUACAUUCAAAUUAGGUUCACAAAAAGAUACAGAUUAUAUUAUGAUCAAGACACUUUAG